AUGUGCCGACAUCACUCUCAGUCCAGCUUCCCUCCACAACCCCACUGCACCGGUCCUGGCAUGUGUUGGUGUCGCUCCAUCUCGAAACCCCAAAAUACGUCGAUAGCCCACUGGCUGUGCUUCGGAUCCGCCCCAUUGGGCAAAGCAGCUGACUGGUUGUACUUCCUGUACCUCUCCAUAUCCCGAAUCGAAUCAGGCGUAGAAGAUAAGUAG